AUGCCCUUUUGUGAUAGACCGCAACUACCUGAUGGCUUUCAGAAGCUUCUUGAGGAUUUAACAUGCGAAGUAUUACUUCAGAGACCAGCUGAUGUUAUACAGUUCUCAAUAGAUUUCUUCAAAUCUCGACAGGACCCCAAUAGCUGCCAAGACCGAGCGUCCAUAGUCAGAAGGGCAAGUGAUGACCCACUCGGAAACGACAGAAUGCUACACCUUCGCAGUUGCCCACGGGAUAAGCCCAAAUAA